AUGAAAAGAACAACUCAAAAUUCUAAUGAAUGUCAAAGUAAAAGGGCAUACUGUCCAUAUGUAGAAACUGUUGACAGAAACCUUAUUGAUUUUGACAAAGAAAAGGUAUGUUGUAAAACCUUAAAGACAAAUCAAAUAUACUGUUGCAUGAUUUGUGGAAAGUAUUACCAAGGAAGAGAUGUUGGGUCUCCUGCUUAUGUCCAUAGUUUAGAAGAAAAUCAUCAUAUCUUUCUUUCUUUAAAUACAAAACAGUUUUUUAAUUUACCACAUGGAAAUGAAGUAAUUGAACCAUCAUUUAAAGAUAUCAUUAAUGCAUUAGAUCCUGUAUAUACUUCAAAUGAUAUAUCUCAUCUUGAUGAUGAAAACAAAGUAAUUCAAUUAAAAGAUCAUUUUAAUAAGAAGUAUAUUAUUGGAUUUAUUGGAUUUAAUAACUUAGGAAGAACUGAUUCUAUCAAUUGUUUAGUUCAAAGUAUUGGACAUUGUAAAGAAAUAAGAAAUUUAUUACUUAGUUAUGAAGAAAUAGAAAAAAUAUCAUCCAAAGCAAGAUGUGGAGAGUUAAUUAAACGAGUUAGUAUGUUAAUAAGAAAACAAUGGAAUCCAACAUUAAUUAAAUCAGUAAUUUCACCAUAUGAAUUAAUGAGUGAACUUAAUCGAUUAAAGAAAAGUUUUAGUAUAGAAAAACAAGAAGAUUUAAUAGAGUUUUAUAUGUUUUUCAUCAAUGCAUUACUUCCUCUAACUCAAUCUUUUCAAGGACAAAUACAAAUAGAAGAAGGUAAAAAGAAAUAUAUCAAACAUUGUAUUUGCAUUCCAUUAGACCUUCCUCCAAUGCCCUUAUACCCAGAUCAAAUGAAAGAAAAGAUAAUUCCUCAAUUGUUACUUAAAGAUAUACUUAAAAAGUAUGACGGUAAAACAGAGACACUUAUUGGUAAACGUAGUGUAAAAUAUUUAAUAAAAAAAUUACCAAAGUAUUUAACAUUUGUUAUUAAACGGUUUGAGAGAAACACUUUUCAAGGAGAUAAAAAUAUUACUGUCGUUGAAUUUGAAGACACUUUAGAUAUGUCCGAUUAUGUAGUUAAUGAUUCAAUAAAACAACAGACUAAUUAUCAUUUAGUGUCAGCAAUAAAACAUGAUGGAGGUAUUGAAGAUGGAACAUACUCUUCCUUUUUGUAUCAUCAGUCUUUAAAAAAGUGGUUUGAAAUUAAUAACGAAGAGGUUAAAGAAGCAUUUUUCCCAUUAAUUAAAGUAUCAGCAAUAUGUCUGUUAAUAUAUGAACAAGACGAAUAA